UGCGUGGUCGCGUGGAGUUUAGAAUAUUUGAGGUUAGGUUCCGUAACUAAACGUGUUUGCUGGUUUGUGUCGUGUUUUUAUUUUUCCAAUUGUCAUAUAUGCAUUUUAUUUAAAAAAUAAGAAUGCUUUCUUCAUCCGAUGAUGAAAAUUCUGAUUCGAAUCCAGAAUUUAAAGUAAAUAAUGAAUAUGCAAAGAAUUACAAUAAGUGGCGACAGAAAGAAGAAUUACACAAAUUAAAACAACGUUAUGGUGAAGAAUCAUGCAACCUGGAUAAUUUGAGUGAUAAUUCCUCAAGCGAUACAUCAGAGGACGAUGAUGAAGUCGAGGUGUCAGAAAAAUUUGAAGACGAUUUCUUUAAAGUACUGGCUUAUUUAAAAAGUGAAGAUCCAAAAAUUCACGAUGAGAAAGUAUCGUUUUUUAAUGACACUAAAAAUCUUGAGGAAGGUAAAGAAAAUAAGAAAAAGAAAUUAAAGAAAGAAAAAGCUGUAACAUUAAGAGAUUUUGAGCGUAAAAUUAUUCUUGAAAGAGGAGGUAAAUAUAGUGAUAGUGAAGAUGAAACUGGACCUAAAGAACAAAGUAAAAAUGGUCUCACAUAUGUUGAAGAGCAAAAUGAAAUAAAAAAUAGUUUCAAAGCUGCUGUAGAAGAUGAUGAAGAAGAUGAAAAUUUACUAGUUGUGAAAGAAAAGUCUGAAGAACAAAUUCGAAAAGAAGAAACUAGGAAAAAAUGGCUUAAAGGACAAGAAGUUAACAUUGAUCCCCAAGACGAAGUUUUAAAACCAAUUCGAGAUUUUUGGGCAAAUCCAAAUUUAGAUCCAGGUGAAAAAUUCUUGCGCGAUUAUAUUUUAGAUAAAAAGUAUAUGGAUAAAAAUGCAUCAGAUUUUGAUCGUGACUACGAUCAUAUGAUACACGAUAGUGAUGAAAAUUUAUCAGAAGACGAACAAAAUAUUGAACGUCAAGAAGAAUUUGAAUAUAAAUAUAAUUUUCGAUUUGAAGAACCCGAUCAAGAGUUUAUUAAAAGAUAUCCUCGAACAUUGGAAAAUUCAUUGAGGAAAAAAGAUACGCGUAGAUCGGAAAAACGUGCCGAAUUAAAAAAACGAAAAGAUGAUGACAAACUUCGAAAAAAAGAAGAACUUAAAGAGUUGAAAGCUUUAAAACGAAAGGAAAUUGAGGAAAAAUUAGAGAAGUUGAAGGAAAUCACUGGGAAUGAUGAUUUCGGUAUAAAAAUUGAAGACUUGGAAGGUGAUUUUGAUCCAAAUGAAUAUGAUCAAAAAAUGGGAAAAAUGUUUAACGAUGAUUUUUACACUGUACCCGAAAAUGAUAUAAAGCCACAAUUUCCUGAAAUUGACGAAGAAAUAAAUGAUUUUAAUAAUUAUGUGGAUGAUGGAAACGAUUAUUACAAUGAAGAACCUAAUUGUGAAGAUGAUAAUUUUAACAUGGAUGCUGAUUAUGAUCCAUCAGUAGAUAAUAAAUCAAAACGAGAGGACUCGAAAAAGAAGAAAAAGGGACGAAAUAAAAACAUUGAACUUCCUAAAGAAAAACCGAAAUUUGAUCCUGAAAUUCAUUCAACAUAUCAAGAGUACAUUGAUCGCUAUUAUGCUUUGGACUAUGAAGAUAUGAUUGGCGAUAUUCCUUGUCGAUUUAAGCUUAGAAAAUCAAUUCCAAAUGAUUAUGGUCUAACGGUAGAAGAGAUUUUAUUCGCCGACGAUAAAGAACUAAAUAAGUGGUGUUCUUUGAAAAAAGCUCUUGAAUUUAAAUCAGAAGAAAGUGAAAAGAAUGAGAUAUUUAAAUUUCAACAAAAGGCCAGAAAUGAAACUCUUAAGAAGAAGAUAUUAAAAAGCGUGUACAGUCCUGAAGAAGAAACUGAAGAGCAGGAAUCUACGAUUCCAACAGAGCAAACUAAAAAGAAAAGAAGGAAAAAGAAAAAAGGAAAGGCGCCUGAAAAUGGAAUUUCAAAUUCUCCAGAGCCUUCGACAUCAAAUAAACAAAAUAAUCUUCAAGUUUCAGAGACAUUAUUAUCAAAAUCUGAAAAACGUAAACAUAGCGAUGUUUUCAAAGAAAAAAAUGAAGAUAUCCUUUUCAAGAAAAUGAAGAUAAAUAAAAAUCAAAGCAAAUUGAAUAAUAUACAUGAUACAGUGAUUAAGAAAAUAGAAAAUGUUCCUAGUAAGAAAAAGAAGAAAGGAAAUCAACAAGAAAAUUUAAAUGAUUCAAAAUUGAAUACAAUUGUUGAGUCGAAGAGUAAAAUGAAUAAUGAUGAACGUCAACCUAAAAAGAAGAAAAUUAAAAAUAAUACAAAUUUAAAUGAUAGUACACAAAGUGGAAUUACUGAAGCAAACGAUGAUAAAGACAAUACAAAACAGACAGUAAAUGAUAAAAAGAAAAAGAUUCAAAAUAAUGUUUCAAUUAAUGAGGUAAAAGAGGAAAUGACAAACAAUAAUAAGGAUGACAAUAAAUCUGAAAAAUAUGAAAAAAUAAUGAGAAAGAAAGAAAACAGAAGAAAAAAAUUAGAAAAGAAACAAAAAUACUUAAAAUUAAAAAAUACGUUGGCCAAACUAGAAUCUACAGAAAAUCCAUUAAAUGAAUUAAGUGCAGAUCGAUUAAGAGCAUUUGGUACUAAUCCUAAGAAAUUUAAAAAUCGUUUAAAGUACGGAAAUAAGAAUUCAGUUUCUUAAACGCUGUUACUUUUGCAAAAUAAGAAUUAUUAAUGAAUUUUGUACAAUUGUUUGACUAUAAUGAUUUUUGUAAAAAAUAGUUAAAAUGUUUUUUUAUAUAAAUAAAUAUAGUUUAUAUUGUA